AUGAACAAUAAUAGUAAUGGUAUUCAGAAGUCAAAGCUAAACACAACCAAAUCAUCAGAUCGUCGUUUAGCAGCUGGAAGACAACCGGCCAAUUAUUUACAUAAUGCAAUUUUAAACCAGCCAUCAAACAUCACCAAGGUAUUACCAAAAUCUAAUACGAGCCAUCUUUCGCCCGAAACACAGAAGACGGUCAAGAGAGCAGGUGGAGGUAAGAUCUGGGAAGACUCGUCGCUAUUGGAAUGGAAUCCAAAGCACUUCCGGUUAUUUGUUGGAAAUUUGGGUACUGAUGCCACAGACGAGUUAUUGGCUAAUGCGUUUGGAAAAUACAAAACACUCAGCAAAGUAAAGGUUCCAAUGGAUAACAAAACAGGAAAAAACAAGGGAUAUGGGUUUGUAGCUUUUGAAAGCCCGGACGAUUACUUUCAAGCAUUUAAAGACAUGAACGGAAAGUAUAUUGGACAGCAUCCAGUUCAAUUGAAGAGAGCGGAAACCAAUAUCAAGCCUACGAAGAAGAAAAGCGACAGCUUUAAGAAUAAUAGGAAAGGUAGGUAG